UCUAGUAAAGCCAAGGAGAAGAAACAGAAGCGACUGGAGGAGCGGGCGGCCAUGGAUGCUGUCUGUGCCAAGGUGGAAGCCGCAAACAAACUGGUUGACCCCUUGGAAGCCUUCCCUGUGUUCAAGAAAUAUGACAGGAAUGGACUAAAUGUGUCCAUCGAAUGUAAACGAGUAUCCAGCUUGAACCCGGCCACGCUCGACUGGGCUUUUGAACUAACCAAGACAAACAUGCAGACAUUGUAUGAGCAGAGCGAGUGGGGCUGGAAAGACCGGGAAAAACGGGAUGAGAUGACAGACGACAGAGCGUGGUAUCUCAUUGCUCUGGAAGAAGGUUCAGUCCCCGUGGCUUUCUCACACUUCCGCUUCGAUGUGGAGUGCGGAGAGGAGGUCCUCUAUUGCUACGAAGUGCAGCUGGAAAGCAAAGUGAGAAGGAAAGGUCUGGGCAAAUUUCUCAUACAGAUACUGCAGCUCGUGGCAAACAGCACACAAAUGAAGAAAGUAAUGUUAACAGUAUUUAAACACAAUCACGGGGCGUAUCAGUUCUUCAGAGAAGCUUUACAGUUCGAAAUGGACGACACCUCACCCAGCAUGUCUGGCUGCUGCGGGGAUGACUGCUCCUACGAAAUCCUCAGCCGAAGAACAAAAUUUGGCGAGAGCCAGCACACUCACCCAGGCAAUCACUGUGGAGGCUGUUGCCAUUGAGGCUGUCCUCUGCUUCCUGUCUCCAAAAGAACCCAGUUCUCCACAUAAACCUGCCUCUCU